GGGUUUUUAAAUUUCACGGUGUGUCAAUCAGUGACGUACAAUGUGUUUGUGUCUUUUGCACAAGAUCGAUUGUUUACAACAGGAUUCAAUAACGUUCGACAAAUGUUCAUAAUGAAGGUAACACAUGUACAACAAUGGUGUCUUCGGUUGCGGAAUCGGGCCAAACUAUUUCUGAUAACCUGUAUCAUGCUAGCGGUGGUGGUGAACUUUAUACUAGUCAGUGCCAUGUACUCUGAAGAUUGGGGACACAUUUCCUUCUUCAAGGACGCAAAACGGCAAGCUUUUCAAUCUCAGAAAUACUUUUAUCACGUGUCCAUGAAAAAUGACGUUUCAUUCGAAGAACAUCAUGCAGGAAUAUACGACUGUCGAAUUCACAACUUAACUCAAUCAAAAAACAUAACACUGAACGGAUACUUUCAGUCCUGGAAAUAUUUCCACCAUAUCAGACAGGAAGUGCGAAAAUUGUUCCAGUUUACUGACGACAUUAUUAGAAGAGCAACAAAGGCUUUAAAUAAAUUCCACCCUGGUAAUAGGACACUGAUUGGCGUGCACGUGCGACGAGGAGAUAUGAACACACCACGUGAAUUACAACGCGGCUAUAAAGUCGCGGACCUUAAGUACUUCCGGAAGGUUUUUGAGUACUUCCGGUAUGAAAUUGAAAACGCCUUGUUUAUUGUUGUAAGUGAUUCAGUCAGUUGGGUGAAAGCAAAUCUUGCUGCCGAUGACGUUGUUAUUAGUGAAACUGGUAUUGCAUAUUUGGACAUGGCAAUACUUGCGCAGUGCAAGCACAGUAUUAUAACUUCCGGAACUUUUGGAUGGUGGGGUGCAUAUCUAGCAGGUGGGAAAACUGUGUAUUACAAAGAUUACCCGAAACCGAAAUCCUGGCUAUCCGAACAGUAUAACAAAAUGGAUUACUACCCGCCAAAUUGGAUUCCAAUGUAAUUAUCAU